UCUAGAAACGGAGAAACAAAACGAUAGGUGAAAGAAAUCGAAUAAAUUCUAUUCCAACGAUGCUUCUAACAAAUACAUUUCAUUUCAGGAAUUUAAUGUUGCCAAGGAACAACACGCAGUGCAGCCAUGCUCCUCUGUGGUCAUUGAAUCAGGGAGCUUGCCGCAUCAAAGUCGAAGCUAUCCUGGCGGUGGUGGCGGAUCCGGAAGCAUGGGACGAUUGUUCACGAGAAAUUCGUCGGUGAGCUCGCAGAGCUCGUUGGAAGGUGCGCCUGGACCGUCCAUCCAUCGUACUGGAACUUCGACCCAGAUUCGACCAUUUGGCCCUGAUGGACGGUACCACCAUCAUCGGGAUCCUUUGCACGCUGCUUCUUCUUAUCCACCCAGCAGGAGUUCGAGAUCACCAUCACCUGGACGUGCAGCAUCGUUAGACGCACGCUGUGGGAGUCCAGCCAGUUGUUCGGGAAGUCUUCUGAGCAAUAAUGCGUCACCAUCUCAGAGCUCUUUGUCGUCUCUGGCAACAGGUGUGAGCUCUUCGUGUGGUGGUUCCUCGAUAAGCGUUGCCCACGUAGCUUCCAGAUCAGCUGGUCGAAGUCUUUCACCUCUUCUUAUUCCACCAUCACGCAUUUCUGGAAGCGAAGGUGGACCACCUCCCCCAGCAUCACCACUCGGUUCCAUACAACCUGAUCUUUACCAACGAAGAGAUGGACCUAUUUAUCUUAAGACUCGAGGAAAUGGAAAGAGUUUAGGCCGGCUGCAUUUGCGAUUCAAAUACGACUUCGAUCGAUCGGACCUGCAUGUACACCUGAUCGAGGCUCACGAUCUGGCUGGAAGUGAUCAAGGAGGAUUCAACGAUCCUUACGUGAAGCUGACGCUCAGCCCUGAAGUGGAUUCGAGAAAACGACAAACACAGAUAUACCGUAACGAGACGAAUCCGUUCUUCGACCAACAAUUCAAGUUCCCCGUCAGCAACGACGAACUUCAAGACAGGACCCUAGUUUUACAGGUGCUCGAUUACGAUCGUUUCUCCAGGAAUGACAUAGUAGGUUCUGUCAAAGUACCACUAAAUAUUCUACGAUUAGAUUCUCCUACCUCAACCGAAGAAGUUUGGGGAGACAUUGAACGUGAACGAAAGCCACCCGAACAAAUUCAAGAAGUUCUACUGUCGCUCUCUUAUCUGCCCAGUGCCGAACGAUUAACAGUACAGAUUUUGAAGGCGCGAAAUCUGUUUCCACCACAGGACAAAGAAACCUUAGAUUCCUUCGUGAAAGUAAAUCUCCUUUGCGGAGAGAAGAGGGUGAAGAAGAAGAAAACUGCUGUAAGAAAAGCGACAACCAGUCCCGUUUGGAACGAGGCAAUGUCCUUUAAUGUUCCUGCCAACUAUCUUGCAUCAUCAGCCAUUGAGGUAUGUGUGAUGGACUCGAGCAACGAGUUUAUUGGAGGAAACGUGAUCGUCGGUUCCUGUAUCGUUGGUCCAGCCACAGGAGUGAUUCGUGGAGUGGAAGGAAGCGGAAGUCAAGGAAGAGAGCACUGGCUUCAUAUGACUCAAUCACCGAGGAAAACCAUCGACAUGUGGCACACGUUGCACUAAAAGAAAAAUAAGAAGAGAAAGGAAUAGAAAAGCAAAAGAAUCAAUCGAUGUUAUAUUCGUCGCGUACCGUUUUCUAAAAAAGCAAAACGUGGCCAUUUUAUGGGAACGUGGACACAAUUUCUUCUUUAUUCCUUUUUGUUUCGCUUCCUUGCCGAAUUGCGAAAGGAAGAGUACAAUCAGAAAGCAUAGGAUAAAUAAUCGGUAAAUGAUAUAUGUAAACGACAGUAGCAAUGUUAUAUAUGUGAAACCGCUUUUAUGAAUAUACUCGAGACCACUAACGAAUAAGAAAACCACGAAAAAAAUACAUCGUUAUUGUCCGUUUCAGCGAAUCGCAAGGAUUGAUGUCCCUCAAUUCUCGAGAAUCUAUUAAUAUGAUAUUUCACUGUACCAGAUUUUCCGUAGGUUUACUAUGACGUUCGAGAUUGAAUCGUCUAAUCUAAUGGAAAUGGUACGUAUUGUGAGAUAAACAGUUCGUUUAUUCAUAAACAGGAAAUCGUGUCACAGGAAGUGGAUGGGAGAACAUUUUGAAGGAAAGAAGAAGGAGAAAAAUUUGCGUAUGGAGGAGACAAUCGUUUCGUGUAUACACUACAUGCAUAUUGUAUUUGUAUAAUUUGUUUCUACUGGCGGCUAAAUGUACCUUACACAAUCAGCAAGAUAAUUAUUCCAUUCGUGAUAACGAAUAUGAGUGAUAGUAGAUAAUCGUGCUUCAAAUGAUAAGAAACACAUCACCGUACUUUCCGUUACAGAGUACCAUGAAAUUAUUUGCUCGAAGUAAUUUCAAAAUAAGACAUUUAAAGGAUGAUUUGAACUAUAAGUAAAUAAGAUGGUGAUAGAAUAAAAGAUAAAACUAAACAAAAAAAAAAAAAAUAGAAGACAGGAGAGAGAAGGAUGAAUAAUUUGGUAAAUGAUAUGUUUUUCUAGUCCUAAUGUGAUUUUUAUUAUAGUCUGAAAUCACCGGAGUGGUUUCAGACUAGUAUACAUACAUAUGUACUUCCUAGGCCUAAGUUUGUACUAUGCAACAAAACUGACCUCAGAGAAGUACAAGGCGUGCGUGGAUGCGCCAUUGAAUAAUUACAAACGAACUGAAAGCCUAAUGAAAACGAUUCUCCUCCGAUAAAUAUAGUAUAAUCGCGUUAUCGUUGUUAAUGUCGUAAUUAUUUACGAGUACGUAAGCAGCAACAGAAAAUGCAAAAAAUUGUCGCGUGUACUAUUAUCGUGUAACGUUCGUUCAGACACAAGUCUUAAAAUUAUUCAGCGCAUGAAUAUUCGGAAGCAGUAAGAUAUAUCAUACGGAUCUUCUGAAAUACUAUUGAAUAAUAGAAUAUAUAUUUCUCGAUUUAUUACGUUCCUUUUUCACACUUUUGCUAGGCAUACAACACCGCUAAAGAGUUAAAGAGAAAUAAAUAAAUACAGAAACAAGAAAUCAAAUUCUAUGUAUUUAAUAACGAAGUCUGAUUUAUACGAAAGAUAACGAGGAAGAACAAAUAAAGAAAACCAAAUGAAAAUGUGAACAUUUCCGACCAAAGUUUAUCAUAUCAUAUAUACCGAUAAUUUUGAAAAUUUCAGAGCUUAUAUCUAUUUAUUGUUAAUUUAAGAGAGUUCGACUAAGGAAUCUGCCGUACUUAUAAAUAUUUUAGGCUCGUACAUACGUGUAUUACAGCGAUUAAAAUGUUUUUGAUUCGUUGGCUGCGAAAAUACUAAUAAUGUGACAAACGUUACCUGGUGAAAAGAAAAAAUUAAAAUUAAAUGUUGAUCAUCGUUAAGUAUGUUAUAAGUAAAUAUAAAUAUAUGUUAUAUAAACGUAUACAUAUACAUAUAAUGAUAUAUGAUUACGUAACAGUAACAGUUGGUGAAAAUGAAAAAAAGGUUUGUUGGGAAGAAACGCUUAGCUAAUUAUGAGCGUGGUCCGAAUCGUACGCUUAACUUAUACUUAACAGUAUUUCUAUUAUAUUCCACAUACAUGGUAUUUAUAUUUAAAAAAAGACAUAUAUGUAUACAUAUAUUCAUAUUUUAUUUAUAUAUACAUAUAUAAUAUAUUAUAUAUAUAUUAUAUAUUUAUAUAUCUUAUAUGUAUAUAUUAUAUACAUAUAAAAAUGUUCUUGUACGUAUAAUAAAACAAUCAUUUUGGGUGUCUAAUACAAUACGCGCGUCUAACAUUCCAAAUAUACUUGUAAUAGCUGUGACGGCAUGUAACGACUACAUGAAUUUCGUGUUUCCGCAUUCAUCAUAAAUGAUGAAACAGAAUCUCUGUAAACGCUACAUUUUUAUCGUAUUUCUACCAUUAACUUUCAUGCGCCUAUUUCAAGAACGAUCUCACGCGUCGAUUAUUUCGGCUACUUUUCACGAUACAUAGAUAGACACCCCUUUAUCGGACCUGAAUUUGCCUUGCACAAUAAUAUUUAAACCAAAUAAAAACGCUCCCAUCUAUCGCGAUUCCCAGUGAUUAGAACUACUCGAUGAUACUAUUUGGAUUAUGAUCGUUGUACAAAUAAUAAUUGAUGAAAGAAAUAAGGUUUAUGGUAUUACGGGGCGAUCGAUAAGCAAGGCAGAGAAACAGUUUCCACAACUGAUUUUCUGCACGUUUCGAAAAUGUCUCUAGUCUUACUAACGUCGUAAAGAAUGUACAAUGUAUCCUAAAUGUGAAGUGUAAUCGAUAUUUUCUUGUAAUGUAUUCUCGUGAUUUGAUUUAAAAUAAAGAAUUACUAAUAUCCAUCAGAA